AUGUCCCGCACAAGAUUCCAGCCGCACCUCUCCCAACACCAAGACACCAACGGAGGCACCAUGCCUCCCACAACCACCAACCAAUAUGCCAUCCACGAAACGCCUCUCUUCUCCCCCCGACCCCUGCGCAUCAUCACCAUCGGCGCCGGCGCCAGCGGUAUCAACAUGAUCCGUACGCUCCGCCAAACCCUCGGCACCCUACCCUACUCACACGUUUUAUACGAGAAGAACUCUGACGUCGGCGGCACGUGGUUCGAGAACCGGUAUCCCGGGUGCAGGUGCGACGUGCCCAGCCACAACUACCAGUUUAGCUGGCGGAAGAACCCAGAGUGGACGAACUUCUUCGCGUCAGCGGGGGAGAUUCAUGGGUAUUUGAGGAGGAUCUGCGAGGAGGAGGAGAUGUGGGGGGAGAUUAGGACGGGGUGUAGGGUGAAGGGGGUGAGGUGGCAUGAGGAGAGGGCGAAGUGGGAGGUGAGGGUGGAGAAGGGGGAUGGAGGUGAAGUUGUGGAUUUGGGGGAUUUUCUGAUUGAUGCUUCUGGGAUCCUGAACAAUUGGGUGUGGCCGGAUAUUCCAGGACGAGAAGAGUUUGAGGGGCAGAUGGUGCAUACGGCGGCGUGGCCGGAGGACUUCACGUACGAUGGCAAGACACUCGCCCUCAUCGGAAACGGAGCCUCGGGUGUCCAGGUGCUCCCUCAAAUAGUACCACAUGCCAAAAAGCUCUAUCACCCCAUCCGCACACCAACAUGGAUCCUCCCCCCACGCGUCCAAACCAUGAAAAUGGGCGCCGCCGCCCCAAUCGUAAACCAAAUCGAAAUGGACACCUCAGAGAACUUCACCCCCACACAAAUCGAGCGCUUCAAAACCGACCCAACCUUCUACGACACCUUCACCAAAGCCCUCGACACGGACUCAAACCUAAAGUUCGCGCUAUCCCUCAUGAGCACGUCGCCGCAGCAGGAGUGGGCGGCGCAAAAGUGCCGGGAGUACAUGGCGGCAAUGCUCGGCGGCGACGAGAGGCUCUGUGAAGUGCUGAUUCCCAAGUUUCCUAUUGGGUGCCGGAGGCUUACGCCAGCGCCGGGGUAUUUGGAGGCGAUGCGGGAUCCGAAAGUGGAGGUUGUGACGGAGGGAAUCAAGAGGUUUACAAGGAAGGGCAUUGAGCUGGAGAAUGGGGAGGUUUUGAAUGUGGAUGCGGUCAUAUGUGCCACGGGGUUUGAUCACUCGUUUGUGCCGCCGUUCCCUGUGGUAGGGCGGAAAGGGAACCUUCAAGAUAUUUGGAAGAAAGAGACGCCCACGUCGUACAUGUCCCUAGGCAUCGCCGGAAUGCCGAACUACUUCAAAUUCCUCGGCCCCCACGCCCCCAUCUCCCACGGCGACGUCUUCACCCUCAGCGAACACAUAGCAACAUACAUAGCCCGCGCCAUCCGCAAGUGCCAAACCGAAUGCAUCCUGUCCAUGACGCCCUCCGACGCCGCCGUGGCUGACUACGCGGAGCACGUCGCCGCCUUCAUGCCCCGGACGGCGUGGGCCGGAUCUUGCCGGUCGUGGUAUAAGGCCGGGGGUGAUGGGGCCGUGACGGCUUUGCAUCCGGGGAGUAGGUUGCAUUUUAUUGAGAUGUUGGGGGAGUUUAGGGGGGAGGACUGGGAGUAUGUUUAUGAGGGGAGAGGGAGGAGCAAUAGAUUUGGGUAUUUGGGGAAUGGGUUUACACGGUUGGAGAUGGAUGCCAUGAAGGGAAUGAAGAUGUAA